AUGGCGGGUACGAGCACGUGGGCAGCGGCUGCUCCCAAUCCAGUCGGCUUGCUGGCUUCUCCCUCUUCCUCUCAGGCCGACAGGCGGCGGGACCAUCAGCGGCGGGCGGCUGCGGUGCCUCCCUCUUUGAUCUCCUUCUUGGGCCGGGGGCGAGCGAAGGGCCAGCAGCAGCGCCUCCCUCUCCGGCUCUGCCUGCGCAGCAGUGCCUCCGCGCCUCCCUCUCCGGCUCUCCCUAGUGGCGGACUACGGGAGGAGGAGGACGCCGUGCGUCACGCCACGAGGGAGGAGGAGGACGUCCUACGCCGCACCGCGCCGAAGGACUGCGAGCGGCAAGCCGCCUCUACCGUUUUGCUGGACGGCUGCCGGCUAGACCGCCGGCUGCGGCAACGUCGCUGCCACCGUGUUGGCCCAGGAGGAGGAGUGAUACAAGGCUGGAUCUGGCUGGGCUCAAACAGAGGGAGGCCACCGCACUGCCGACUCGUAGCUAGCUGCCGGCGACGGAAUCAGCGACGCUGGGUGGUGAAGCGGCGGAGGGGGUGCGAGUUCACCGGCGCCGGCAACCUGAGAUGUAGGUGCUCCCAUCAAGAAUCCCCCUUGAAGCUUUGUGCGCUGUGGGACGGGAGGGAUGGAGGGGAUGGAUCCGGCUGGAUCGAUUCCAGCGAUUGCUACAAUACCGCACUGGUUUCAGUAGAGGUUAGGCUUGAAGCAUUUGUCACGGUAGACACAGAUGGUAGAAAGUGUUACACGAAAGGCAGUACUUGGCAUUGGGUUGUGGAUUCAGAAAGUUUCUCAAUGGAUUUUCUGAUGAAUAGCUUAAGUGCCGAGGUCGCAUGCGGAACAAAUCAGUCCCCUUCUGCUACCAACUGGCGCAAGCUUGUGCAUGACUCAUGCAAAUAAUCGAAUUGGCCGGCUUCACAGUAAGCAACACACUCCUCAACAUACUCAUUCAGGUUGUCUUCCCAUAUCCACAACGAGCAAGUGUAACCACGCUGCAAAAGCAGAACAACAAAUGAAGAAUUGGGAUGGAGUUGCAAAGUAAUGCAUAUAUCUCACCGUGCCUUCGCAUUGGAGCCACCGUCGCCCUGGGUUCCUUGUCGUCGUCGACCUAUAAACUGCUGCAGCAUUCCCGCAAUGACAUUUCAGCUCUGGGAUUCCAGGCGGAGAGCUGCUCGACUGCAGCCAUGCUGACUGAAUCGGUCUUGGCGCCAUACCAACCUCGCCGUCGUCAUCGCCGCCGUCGACGUCGCCACCGUCGCCGUCACCGCGGUCCCCCGCUGUCCCCUACCACCGUCGUCCCCCAUCGUCACCCGCCGCAGUCCUAUCGGCUAAGGUUCUGCCGCUCUGUUUGAGCUGCCCCGACUGGCCAGAUCCAGCCUUGUAUCACUAGAGAGAGGGGCAAUAGCGACCAUACGAAAAUAUGGGAGAGGGAAAAGAGGCAGGAUCCUGAUUUGUGGGCCCAGAAUGGCAAGAAUCAAAUUUUACAGAAAUACGGAUGGCAUGUGCGAGCGGUUUCACGAAUUGUAAUGGUAUUUUUUCAAAUUCGUUUAGUUCCAAUGGCAUGUAUCCAAUUUAUCUUCAAUUUACCAGUAGAUGAGGAGACGACCGUUCGUUUCUGAAGGGAUCGGUAGGGACACAUGGGCGUGGUUUAACCGGUAGAUUAAGAGUUGCCAGCUAUAAACAUAUUUUAAAGAGAUAAAAGAUAAGAGAGAAGACAAUGAACUACUAAUUUGUGUAGAUAGCUAUAGUAUGGGCUCCAAGACACAAUGUGUGUAUGAUAUGUGGACCAUGUAUUAAUAUUUUGUAGGUAACUAUUGUAUGAAUUGACUAUAGCUAAAUUAGAGCUAAUAGUUGAGAAGACACCAUUUCAGUGAUUUUUUAAGGCUUGUG